AUGUUGCGUAGCGGAAAACGUCUCGCGACAAACACGAAGAAUAAAACUGAAAUUGGUAAUUCUGCCAAUGCUGAUGAAACUGGCGAGAGCAAUUCCCAGCCUAUACUUCUUGAUGAACCUGACCCAAAACCUUCUCACGAAAACGGGAAAUCCACCGCUGAAAAUAAAAAGGAAAAGACUAUAGACUUAGAAGUAGAAGAUGAUUCGGAAAUUGAGGCCAAAAUCGAUCGACAGUAUGGUACCCACGUCGAUCAACCGGUUGAACCUGUCGUCGAUCAACAUUCGAAUAACCCUAUCGAUCGACGUUCUACUCAACCUGAACCAACGAUUGAAAGAGUCUAUAGAACCCUACCCCCUUUUCCUCCUAAAUCACAAACUAAGAAAUCAUUAGAAUAUGCGAUCUGCAAGAAAACAUUGGAUAAAAUUACUGUGGAGAUGUCCCUUAGUGAUGCUAUGAAAAUAGCACCUUCAAUAAAGAAGUAUGUGAAGGAUAUGACAUCCCCAAACUAUCCAACUGCAGAACAAAGCGUGAUGAUGGUGUCAGAGGAAGUAAGCACCAUGAUUCAAGGAGAAACUCCAACUAAGAGACCUGAUCCUGGUAGUUUCGUCCUAGAUUGCAAUAUACAGAACACCCGUUUUCCUCGAUCACUAUGUGAUCUUGGUUCUAGCGUGAAUCUUAUGCCUUACUCCGUCGCAGUAAUCUUGGGAUAUAACGAGUUUAUGCCAACUCCGAUAACUUUAGUUCUAGCUGAUCGGUCAAUCAGAGUACCUGAAGGAAUUCUCGAAGACGUUCCCGUGAGAAUUAAUAAUUGCUUCGUGCCUACGGAUUUUGUUGUGUUAAAAUACAGACAGGAACAAAAAGACCCCCUCAUUCUGGGUCGGCCAUUCCUAGCUACGGCUGGAGCAAUCAUUGAUGUGAAAGAAGGACGAAUAAAUUUGAACAUCGGAGACAUCCCGAUGAAUUUUGAUAUGGAAAAACUGAUCAAGCGACCCUUGAUAGAUGAUCAAGCCCUCUAUGUGGAAGAAGUUUCUGAGCUGGAAAAGGAAUCUUUCAUAGACAUGUGCUCAGACGACCCCUUAUAA